CUCUGCCUUAAUAGGAUGAAAGGCUCUAGUUUGUUAGGUUCUAUUGCCAAGAGGCUAGAAGGAAAAGUCGCGCUGAUUACUGGCGGUGCCACUGGCAUUGGUGAGAGCAGCGUGAAGGUAUUCGUCCAAAAUGGUGCCAAGGUUGUUAUCGCAGAUAUCCGAGAUGAUCUGGGUCAAACUGUCUGCGAUGACAUUGGCUGCAAAAAUUCCAUUUCUUAUGUCCAUUGUGAUGUUUCCAGUGAAUCUGAUGUGCAGAAUGCAGUUGAUACUGCCCUCUCAAAGUAUGGUAAGCUUGACAUAGUGUUCAGCAACGCAGGAAUUAUAGGGAACCGAGAUCCGAAAAUUUUAGGUGUUGAUUAUGAAAACUUCAAGCGGGUUUUCAGUGUAAAUGUUUAUGGUGCGCUCUUGAUGGGAAAACAUGCUUCAAGAGUAAUGAUUCCACAGAAGAAAGGCAGCAUUAUAUACACAGCAAGUGUUUCUUCAGUGAUAGCUGGUGAUGUUCCACAUGCAUACAUAGCAUCAAAGCAUGCUGUUGUGGGAUUAACCAAGAACUUGUGUGCUGAAUUAGGGCAGUAUGGGAUUAGAGUAAACUGCAUUUCCCCAUCUGGAGUGCCGACGCCAACACUGAGGAAUGCAAUGGGUGGAAUCGACAAGAAGACAGCACAGGAGUUAGUUUCUGCCAAGGCGAACUUGAGAGGGGUGGCGUUAGAGGAGGAAGAUAUAGCUGAGGCAGCGUUGUUCUUGGGAAGUGAUGAGUCCAAGUAUGUGAGUGGGCUGAACCUUGUUGUAGAUGGAGGUUUCAGCACCACCAAUCGUGCAUCAGGAAAAACUUGAAAAAACUGGUUUCUUAAGUUUCUUUUCUUAAGUAUUCGUUUGUUGUUGAUUACCCUCAUUUAAUUUUGCUUGUUUUUAUUGAAACAAAUGCAGAUUAGAAGUGUCUUUUAAUAAAAUUGAACAGCAUUUAUUCCUAUUCAGAGACUA